AUAAUGUCUUUUUUGGUCCAAUAAAGUCAGAGUAAUCUAAAGAAGUCACAGCGAAUUGUUGCGGUAUGUCACGAAAUCUCUUGUUGCUUGCAAAUCUUUGGCAAACAUGGCGUCAGACAGUGCGUUGGCCGCUCUGGGGCCAGAGGGAGCGUCGGCUGCGGCACACGCUCUGUCUCUUCCAGCUGAUGCAUACGGAAAUGAUCCACGACUUGAAGCCAUGUGGGCGAUAAAGGCGUCUGACCAUGCAGAAGUUUACUUUAAUCUCAUAUCGUCUGUGGACCCAAAAUUUCUAAAACUUACCAAGGUGGAUGACAAACUUUACACAUUAUUCAGAGAAACUUUCAAAGAUCUUGAUAUAAAACUGCUGAAAACAGAAGACCUUAAAUCAGAUGAAGCCAAAGAGAGAUGGCGACCUUUUUGCAAUCAGUUUGAAGGAAUAGUUGAAGAUUUUAACUACGGCACCCUUCUUCGUUUGGACACAGAGAAAGAGUAUACAGAGGAGAACACAAUAUUUGCUACACGAGUGCAGUUUUAUGCUAUAGAGAUCGCCCGCAACAGAGAAGGCCUCAAUGACAAGGUGUUUAAAUCCAAAAGUAACAGUUAAGUUUGAAAUGCAUAAAUCUUCCUCCCAAUGUAAAAUCACUCUUUAAACAGUCAAAUUCUGUUGUGGAUAAAUAUAGAUAAUAGAUAAUAUCAGGCCUUAUGCCUGAUAUUUCCAUGGCCCAGGCCUACUUUUUAUACUGUCUUUUCUUGUAAUGUGACCUAUACUAAUACAUACUGAACUGAAUUGUUCUGUUGUGCCAUACUUUUAUUUGUUAAAUGGUGAAACCAUAAUAAAGUAUCCUCCUUUCUACAUCA